AUGCCGCCUCCUCUUCUCGCUGUCCUGGCCGUUAUGGCACUGCUAGCCGCAACCGGCUCUGCCAAUGUCGAGAAGGCCAUCUUCCUCGGACCGGCAGCCGCAGCACCGGUCUCCCUCCCAGAUUCGCUCUCAGCUGCCAUCUCGCAUCUCCACCGUCUCACCCCCGACGACAACGACGGCACAUGGCGCACACCCCUCUCUGCGGCCUUCCCCUGGGCCACCGACUUCGAUGCCAAGAGCACCACGUGGGUCCUUCUGGACGGCCUGCAGCCCGGUCAGCGUUACGAGGCUCGGGUGUGCUGGGCUGCCACGGUGAGUUCCUCUUCCGGGACGCCGCCGAGAGGACGGAGAACUGACCUUGGAAAUCGCGUGCUGCAGCAGCCGACGGCCUUUGAUGUAGACGCCUUUUCAGCUGACGUCGUGCUGGCCUCGCCGAUUCUCUCCAAGUCGCUCACGAGCUUUUCAGACGGCGCCCAGAAUGACGAAGCCGCUGUGCCACGCCAUCUGCCAACAUCCUUCCUUCUCCUUCGCAUCGUCGCUACCGCCGAUUACGUCGCGGCCAACCGCUCCCUCAUGCUUCCCCAACAUGUCCAGCCCGUGCUGGCCGAUAUCAUCCUCGAUCCCUUUCUCCUCAACGUCCUGCCACGCUCGCUAGCACCAACGGUCGUAGUUGUUCUGCUGGUAGCCGCCGUCAGCGCCGCCCUGUCCCGUCACAUUGUCCGCUGGCUGCGCUCUGUAGCUGCGUCGGACGUGAUGGCCGCUGCCCGGCAGACCAAAAGCAAGCAGACAUAA